AUGGACCGAUGUCCCGGAGUUUCCUGCCUCUGCGGAUGUGCAUCGCCGCCCUGCAUGCAACCUGCGGAACCUCCGCACGAGCCCUGCUGUUGUUGUAAUUACAAUCCAUUCAGCGACAAUACGAAGGAUGCGGAAAUUUACGAUCUCCCUUUCGCACUUCGAAAGCUAACGGUGAUGAAAUGUCAGAUGAAAAAAUGGCGCAUGGAGCGGCUGCAGUUGGAGAGCGAGACGAGGUCUCUGAAGAAGACCUUGCAAUCUUUGGGAGUUGACGUGGAAGAGGCACUGAGGCCAGACCCUUUGAUAGUUCACUAUCGAGAAGAGACGGAGAAGUUGGAGAACGAGAAGAGCGAGCUGGAGGACAGGGUCAGGAAUUUGGAGGAGACUCUGGCCGAGAGAGAUUGCUGCGAUGAUCCAGAAGAGACGGUGCAAUACAUGAGACAGAGGAUGCAGAUGCUGAGAGAGCGGGUCACCGAGGAGAAAAAGGGAUUGAUGGAGAUAAUUGGCGCGUUGAAGAUCAAACUCGCAAAGGCCGAAGAGGACUCUUCCUGUGCAGCUCUGAAUCGUCUCAGGGCGAAGCUGAGAGAACUGUUAAAAGGCGGCCAGAAAGCCGACGAACAGGUUUCCAAGGUUGUCGAAAAAUCUAUCGAAGCUCUGGUCGAGCUGUCGAAAAGUUGCGACGAUCUGAGAGCCGAAAACGAACGACUGCAGAGGGAAUUAGCUGCAUUGAGAAAAAAUAGAGACUUGUCAGCGGAAGCUUCGCAGAGGCCUGAAACAUACGAGAAAGCAGGGAAAAAGGCUGAUAGGACGGAUGCGCCUGAUUUUCCGAAUCAACCGAGAAGCUGCGAAGCACUGGUGGCUGAUUUGAGAAGACAGCUUGCAGAGAAGGAUCUGAUGAUCAAUGAACUUCAGAAGCAACUGUAUCAACAGAAGAGCGUGACGAGCGAGUUGACAGUUGAUCUCGAUCAAAUGACCAUCAGCUACAAAGCUCUACUGGCAGAAGUGACAGCGAUGAAGGAGGAGCUGAAGAAAAGGGACGAUAAAGUGACCGAGCUGCUGGGAGAUCUAAGAAACUCAGCAAUGGACAUGCUAGGCAUGACUGCACUUCGAAGUGAAAUAGAGCUGAUAAAGCCGCAGAUGUACAACCUUCAGCUUGAGCGAGAUCAACUAAUAGACGAGCUAGGAAGGGUUCGAGAAGCAAUUUCCGAGAGGAACGAUCAGAUAGCAAAAAUUCUGGAACAGAAACAGAAAACGACGGACGAUUGCGACUCAAAAUUGGCAGAAAUGCAAACGCGAAUAGACACACUUCUAGCCGAGGAAGAGUUAUUGAGGAAAGAGAACGAAGACAUGCGGACGACGAUAGAGGACUUAGAACAGGAAAUAGAUAACCUAAAAACACGCGUAACAGAAUUGGAGAAAUGUUGCGGAGACACCGCAGACUUGUCACGAAAGAUUCGGGAAUUUGAAGAAAAUCUUCAGGGUCUGAGCAAAGAGCUCGAAGCGGCGAGAAAAAGAGUGAACGAGUUGGAGGACGAGAAAGAGAAGCUCAUUAAGGAGCUGGAAAUGGCAAGAGCGACCUUGGAAGAGAUGAAAGAAGAAUUGGGAGCUAUGAAAAUCGCGAGAGAAACGGUACAGAAGGAACUGGAUGAACUGAAGUCUGAGAAUUCCAGAUUGGAAGAAGAACUCGAUGCUUUGAGAUCAGAGAAUGGGAAUUUAAAAGACAAUCUUGAAGUACUUGCUGCAGAAGUGCAGAGUUUGAAGGAAUUAAACGAGAAUCUUAAGAAGGAAAAGGAAAGCCUCGAAGCUGAGAAUCAGAAACUGCUUUCGGAACUCAACAAUUUAAGAGAGAAGCUCGCCCAGUUGGAGGAAGAGUUGGACAGACUGUUGACCCGGUUGAAGGGAUUGGAAGAACUGGAGAAAGAGGUGGAAAAGAUGAAGUCUGAGAACGAUUCUCUGAAGUCCCAGGUGGAAGUUUUGAAAGCUGAGACGGAGAAAUUAAAUAUGGACAACACGAGAUUGAAAGGAGAGGGGGAUGGCCAAAGAGUGGAACAGGAGAGGUUGAAAACGACUUUAGAUCAGGUUGAAAAAGAGAGAGAUAGGUUGAAAAAUGAAUUAGAUGCACUAAAGGUAGAGGCUGACAAUCUGAGGGAAGAGGCCUCUAAAUUAAAGAAAGAAGUCGACGAUCUGAAAGCUGAGAAUAAAAAAUUAGAGAAUGAAAACGAGGAACUGAAAAAGGAAAGGGAUGCCUUGAAGAGACAUUUAGCCGAAUUGGAUAUCUUAUUGGAAGACGUGAAAGAGGAAAACGUCGAUUUGAAGCAAGAAAUUGGCAAAUUGAAGGAGAUGGUCGCCGGGCUGCAAGUCGAGAACGAAAAGCUGAAGACUGAGUUGGAAGAUCUGGAGGUUCAGAUGUGCAAGGUAAAGGUGGCGACUGAGAAGCUGAAUGCUGAGAUCGAAAAGCUGAAGAAGGAAUUGAGUAAUUGUCAAAUCGAAGCCGGGGAACUGGAGAGACAGAUAAAUGCUUUGAAAGAGGAAAAAAAGAAACUUCAAGAUGAAAUCGGGAAGCUGAAGAGUGAAAUAAAUAGACUGAACAACGAGUGGUCUGCUUUGAUGGCUGCCAAAGAAGCGGCUCUGCAGGAAGCAUCGUUGUUGAGAGAAGAACUGGGAGUCCUGAAAGCAGAAUUGAUGAAAUCGAGGGGCGAGAACGAGAAGCUGAAGUCCGACUUAGAAGAUGCGAAGAGGCAAGCUUCGAAUUGUAAGGAAGAGACGAAUAAACUCCGUGACGAGGUUGCAGCACUGAGGGCUGAGAUCGAGAAGCUGAAGGCGAAUGCUGAAAAACUGAGAAUGGAGAACGACAAAUUGAACGAGGAACUUCGAAAAGCUACGUAUGAAGUAGAAGCACUGAGAGGGGAAAAUAACAGGCUGAAAAGCGAGGCCGACAAGCUGAGGGAUGAAAAUUCAAAACUGAAGGACGAUGUCGAAGUUCUGAGGAAGGAGAAGGAGAAGAUGUCCUCCGAACUCGCUGCGGCCAAAGGUGAAGCCGAAAAACUAAAAUCGGAAUUGGCUGCCAGUCAAUCCGAAAGAGACAAAUUGAAGGUAGAUGCUGACAAGUUAAAGAACGAACUGGAAGAUGUUAAAAAAAAUAUGGAGACGGCAAGGAAAGGAAGCGAAGGUUCGGAAAAGGCCCUAGCAGAUGCCGAAGCGAAGGUUCGAAAUUUCCAAAGCAAACUAUCAACCCUGGAGGCAGAAAAGGAGAAGCUAGUUGGCGAACUGAACAAGCUGAGAAGCGAAGUUGAUAAACUAGACAAGGAAGCAGCAACUUUGAGAGCUGCCAGAGAAGCAGCUCUGAAAGAAGCCGAAUCCUUGAAAUCCGAGUUGGCUGCUCUGAAAGCUGAGCUGGAAAAGUGCCGUGCUGAUGGCGAAAAAUUAAGGGCAGAACUGGAGAAUUGCAAGGCACAACUCAAGGAUGCGCUGGAGGCCCUGAAGAGUCAAAGCAGCGACAGCGGGAAAACGGUCACAGAAUUGGAAACCCAGAGAGCUGAGAACGCAAAACUGAAGGCGGACCUGGAUAAGCUGAAAGCCGAGCUAAACGCUCUGAAGUCAAUAAGCGACGAGUACGACAAACUAAAAUCUGAAAACGCAAAGAUGAAGGCAGAGAUCGAAAAACUGAGAGGAGAAAUUGCUGAACUGAAGACCGAAAAUGGAAAGCUAAGCGCCGAGAACGCGAAGCUGGUCGACGCUAAUGCGAAGCUGAAGGAGGAUAACGAGAAACUCAAGGACUUGAGCAAUAAGUUGCUGAAUGACGUAGAGAAUUUAAAGAAGGAGAACGAGAAGCUGAAGAACGGAUUUUCGGAUGCAGAAGCGAAGAUAAAAGAGCUGGAAGGACUUGUGCGCUCGGCGGGUGAUCGGAUGGAGAAGCAAAGGUUGUCCGAGGUUCCGAAACACGCGUUAGACAAGGUUAAUCAAGAGUUAAAUCGCGAAAGGGCCGCGAAGGAUGCUGCCCUGAAAGAAGUGGAAGCCUUGAAGAAUGCCCUGGCCGAGUUGAGGGAAGAAUUGAAGAAAUGUCGCGCUGAGAACGAGAAAUCGAAGGCCGAGCUGGAAAAGCGCGUGGAAGGGCAGCCUGAAUCGAAACAGCCCAAGACGAAGGAAGACAAGAGCGAUGUUGAUAAAUUGAAAUCGGACAAUGACAAGUUGAAUCGGGAGAUCGAAAAGCUGCGCAAAGAGAAUGCAAGGCUGAAGGCCGAUCUGGAAGUUUGCCAGGCGGAAAAUGCGAAACUCAGGGGGCAGCUCGACGCUCGGGCCGCGAAGCGUCUGCAAGGAUACGUCGAAUUUCUCGAGGCGAAAAAAGAAGUCAAACCCGAGAUGGCCGAGCAGCUGAAGCACGAAAAGGAUCCAGGAAACUGGUCGUUCCCUGGGAUACAGGACGUCUUGAAGGACUCUGAAAAUCUAUCGACAAACCUCCAUCGGGUUGAGAAGGAAAUCCAAAAUCUGGAAGGAUUGGCAAGCCCGGUCUGGAAAAGCAAUCAAGUUGUAAAAAAAAUUUUACAGGGUACCGAGGAAACCGCGCGGAUUGGACAAACGGAAAUCGGGGAAGAGGAUGAAGACGGUGAAGUAGAAGACGAAGAAGAGGUCCUCGGUGUCUCCGAAGAGUCUGAACGACCUAGCGAAGUUUUCGAUCCCGAGAUCUGGCUAAACGCAUUGACCCUGACCGAGCUGGCGGAGUUGCACGACCGGAUUUGUCUCUUAACAUCGUCAAUGGUCAGGCAAGAUGGCGGAACAGACAUCCUAAAUCGGAGGAUUGCGGCACUUCAGAAGCAGAUCUCCGAGAAGCAGGCCGAAGCUGCAUUAAAAGUGCAGGAGAUGAGACACGCACUUCGACAAGAGCAGGCGCGCUUGAUUAAACUAUCCGAGGAAAUGAACGCGGAAAGGAAACGCAAUCUCGCACUUCAGCUGACAAUGGAUGGAGCCGGGAACAUCGUCCCAAAAACUUCGGAAAGUCGCAAAGUAGUCUGUCCAUCCUUUGCAAAAAGGAGACAUUGA